AUGGAAGAAGACAAGGCAACGGGAUCUCGAAUCACUCGAAAAAUUGACAUACGACUAGUUCCGAUGCUCUGUGCACUCUACCUAACAGCUUAUCUCGACCGAACAAACAUUGGAAACGCAAAACUUCUGAACCUAGAGAAGGAUCUCAAGAUGCCAUCAAAUGGAUACAACACAGCCGUCUGGGUCUUUUUCCCUACAUUUUUCGUGAUGGAAGUCCCAUCAAACAUUCUCAUGACGCACUCGAAAAUUCCACCCAACUGGUGGCUUGGAGUUUCUAUGACAACUUUAGGAAUUGUUACGAUGUGUCAAGGUUUUGUCACGACUCCUGGUCAACUGUAUGCUUGUCGGGCAAUUAUGGGGAUUUUUGAAGGCAGCUUGGGCCCUGCUGCUGCUUUGAUGAUGGGAUCAUAUUACCGAAGACAUGAAUUCCCCAUUCGCUAUGCAUGUUUCACGACAAGUGCGUUGAUUGGAGGUUCUUUCAGUAGUGUAGGUAUUUCCUGCAGCUGAUUGAGUUAUUGUAUCUGACUGGCGUUCACAGUUCCUCGCUUAUGCCAUAAACUUCAUGGACGGUACUCGAGGGAUCAGUUCUUGGAGAUGGAUAUUCAUAUUGGAAGGCUUGUUUAACAUUUUUGUCGCACUGUUGGCGAUUGUGGUACUCCCUCGCUUUCCCGCUGAAUCCAAGUUUCUCACUCUGAACGAGAAAGAAAUCCUACUACAUCGAUUGAGCGUUGAACGAGGUGACGAGGCAGAAAGCUUCAAAGGUCAGCCAUGGAUAGAAUUCCUCUUGGAUUGGCAAACAUGGGUCAAUAUUGUUAUCUACUUUGGUGCAGGUGGGUCCUCAGUCUUCCUGAUUCAAAUAUAUUUUUUGGCUACGCAGCAGAGAUAAAGUUCACUCGGUUUCUGUGUUAAUCUUUUAGCUCUCGAUUCUUCUACUUCUUGAGCCGGAAAAUGGGGUAUUCGCUUCCCGUUAAUAAUUGUUGGUCCAACACUCUGUACGAUCGGCUGGUCAAUCCAACUGGCACAGGUUAAUCCUCCAGGCGUGAGAUACUUCUCUCUCUACUUAAUCGCGGCUGGCGCUUUUGCACAACUUCCUUUACUUGUCGCCUGGCUUUCUGCGAAUACGGUUGGGCGUCCUAAGAAAGCUGUUGUGCACGCACUACAAUUGGGGUUUGGUAACUCGGCAAAUUUCGUUUCUGCGAACGUUUUCAUCAAGCAAGAGGCACCAAAAUAUAAGACUGGGUUUAAAGCCGGCCUUAUAAUAACGGUUGUUGGACUUUUUGCAGCUUGUGUUAUGGAGUUUCUGUUGAUAAGAAAGAACAAAGCCGCGGAUGCGAGGGAGGAAAUUGGGGAGGAAGAGAAGAAGAUGGUAGGAAAUGACGGGACACGAUUUCGCUAUACACUGUGA